CUCAUGGUGAUGGAUAUUUGCAGAGUCAAAUAAAUCCCUCCUGUUCUGCGGCUGAGGGCACGGGUUUGUACUUCAUUGAUUUAUUUCCUCUUGGUUGAUCUCUCCCUGCUGAAUUACGCCUUACUCAGUGAUCGAACCAAAGCUCGGAGGUCGGCUGUGGACGUGCCAUAUAGUGCUUGUCAGGGCACUCCCAGCUCCACACCAAAGAUCUUUAUGUUACUUAAUGGCUUCUAUUUAGGCUUGGACUUAGCAGUUUGGACCUGACAAACCCUCAGGUGGCUUUGGGUGGGAAAGGACCUUCCACCGCCUGGAAUACUAUCCCAUAUCAUGCACCAGCCUCAGGGAAAAUCAAAUGGUACAAUGUAUUUGCGGAACUACACUGCGAGCAAUGGGUGGUGGGACUUCCAAACAUUGGGAUACACGUUUAGCAAAUGACCUGGUCAGUCAGCACUAAGGGAUCUGCCAAUCUGGAUGCCUAAACCCCACGGCAGAAGGGUUGCUGUGCCUGGGUGCAUGAGGGCACGUCAUCCCAGUGCUCCCCUUGCCCCCAGUAGCACCAGCAUCACGAACUGGCCCCACCCUGGGAGUGGCCACAGCAGCAAAACUGCGGUCAAAGAGCGACUGAGGGCCAGGGAGCACAGGAACAGCCAUGGAGAGGUGAGUCCCUGUGGGAUGGCUCAAGGCAACAGGAUACAGGCAGACAUUGGGCACAGGUGGGUGCAGCAGGAGCUGUGGGUGCAGGAUACAGGCAGACACUGGGCACAGGUGGGUGCAGCAGGAGCUCUGGCUGCAGGAUACAGGCAAACACUGGGCACACGUGGGUGCAGCAGGAGCUGUGGGUGCAGGAAGGCCCCAGCCAACACAGCUCCUGCCAACAGGGUUCCCCCAUCUCUCUGCAGCAUGAGGAUCCUGUGGCUCUGCAGCACCACCGUUCUGCUGGGCGCUGCCCUUCUCCUGCCUGCCCCUGGCAGCACCCAGGCUCUGGGCAACCCCGGGAUGAAGGACCUGUCUACGGAGGAGGAUGUGGCCAAGGAAAUCAUCCUGGGAGUUCGUGCUGUGGAGCCACCAGAGGAGGCUGAGGUCUCCAGAGAUGUGGAACCAGGCUCAGAGGUUGUCUCCGGCAGCGCCUGGGCUCGCUGGGUUGCCCGCCAAGCCCAGGCAGGACCAGAGCAGGACCUUGACCAUCUCCACCACUCCCAGGAUGAUGCUGCAAAGGAUGAUGCCUAUGAGCGACCACUGAUGCUGUCCCUGCAGGUGCAGAAUGGCCCCGAGGAGGACCAUGACCACCUCCACCACCGCUGAGCAGUGGAGACAGGCUCCAGAUGCACAAUGAGGUGUGGGAGCAUCCCUGGUCCUCAUCCCUCCCCACCCACCCUUGAGCCCCCCAGUAAACCCUAUUAAAGCACCUCCA